AUGAUGGACGACGUCGAGCAAGCCAACACUGCCUCUCCCAAGGCCGACUCCAAAUCCCGGCCUGAUGAUGAGGCAGUCUCGAUAGUCUCGGACGACAAUGCAAUCAUCCUCAAGGGCCAGCUUGACCCGGUCUACGAGGAAAAGGCGAGGGUGCUGAACCGUGCUAUCCAGAAGAUUGGCAUGGGAUGGUAUCAAUGGCAGCUCUUCGUUGUCGUCGGCUUCGGCUGGGCGUCUGACAACCUCUGGCCUAUCGUCACCUCUCUCAUCUUCACGCCCGUGGCCAACGAGUUUGGCCCCGCUCGUCCACCACUCCUCACCCUGAGCCAAAACAUUGGCUUACUCGCGGGGGCAAUUGCCUGGGGCUUUGGGUGCGACAUCUUCGGCCGGAAAUGGGCAUUCAAUCUCACCCUUGGCAUCACGGCAGUCUUUGGUAUGAUUGCCGCCGCGUCGCCCAACUUUGCCGCCAUCGGCGUGUUCGCGGCACUUUGGUCCUUCGGGGUCGGCGGGAACCUGCCUGUCGACUCGGCCAUUUUCCUCGAGUUUCUGCCAGCGUCGCAUCAAUACUUGCUGACCGUCUUGUCGGUUGACUGGGCCAUCGCACAAGUCGUGGCGACCUUGGUGGCCUGGCCGUUGCUGGCAAACUUUACCUGCCAGCAGGACCAGCAGGUUUGCCGCCGGGAAGAUAACAUGGGUUGGAGGUAUUUCAUGAUUGCUAUGGGCGGCAUUACCAUCGUCAUGUUUUGCAUACGCUUCUUGCUCUUUACCAUCUAUGAGUCGCCCAAAUACCUCAUGGGCAAAGGCAAGGACGAGGAAGCUGUGCGCAUCGUCCAUGAAGUCGCUCGGCGGAACGGGAGGCGCAGCUCUUUAACGGUGGAAGAACUGAGGGCAUGCGAGCCUGAGGGUUAUGUGCGACAGACAGGGGUGUCGUCGGCCGUUAAACGCCGCCUGGAGGACGUCAGGUUUGAGAAAGUCCGAGCCUUGUUCGCAACCAGAAAGCUCGCCCUGUCUACCAGCCUGAUCAUGAUCAUCUGGGGGUUGAUAGGCUUGGGGUAUCCUUUAUACAAUGCAUUCUUGCCCUACAUUCAGGCCACAAGAGGAGCCGACUUUGGGGACGGGUCAACCUACCUGACAUACCGGAAUUCACUCAUCAUCGCCACGCUCGGAGUACCGGGUGCCCUGAUUGGCGGAUUGCUGGUUGAGGUACCUCGUUUUGGGAGAAAGGGGACGCUUGCACUGUCGACGGCAAUGACAGGAGCGUUCUUGUAUGCCUCGACGACGGCCCUGGACUCGCAAGCCCUCCUGGGCUGGAACUGCGCCUUCAGCUUCAGCAGCAACGUCAUGUACGCCGUUCUGUAUAGCUUUACCCCGGAGCUGUUCCCGACGCCGCAGAGGGGAACAGGGAACGCGCUUAGCGCGACGUGCAACCGCAUCUUUGGCAUCAUGGCGCCCAUCAUUGCCAUGUUCGCCGACCUUCGGACUGCUGCACCUGUGUAUACCAGCGGCGCGCUGUUUAUUGCUGCGGGGCUUUUGGUUCUCGUACUACCGUUUGAGUCGAGGGGCAAGGCGGCAUUGUAA